ACCAAGAUGGCGGAGGCUUCCUUUGGAAGUACAAGCCCAGUUGGCUCUUUGUCAUCGGAAGAUCACGAUUUCGACCCGACGGCAGAGAUGCUGGUGCACGAUUUCGAUGAUGAGCGUACGUUAGAAGAAGAGGAGAUGAGGGAGGGCGAGUCGAGCGGGAGCUCGGAAAUCGCCGAUCUGGAGAAGGAGGGGAGCAUGCCGCUGGAAGAGCUGCUGGCGUUGUACAGAUAUGAAGCUGGAGACAGUGCUGUCGGAGGGUCGAGUGUGGAUAGUUCGUCUGUAGAGCUCACCGAUGAGCUGCCUGAUAUGACAUUAGAUAAAGAGGAAAUCGCUAAAGAUUUGCUCUCUGGGGACGAUGAAGAAACGCAGUCUUCUGCCGAUGACCUCACACCGUCUGUGACGUCACACGAAACCAACGACUUCUUCCCCAGGACUCUUCGCUCGAAUGCGGUUUACGAUGGAGACAAAGAAUCUGAGGGCGAGGAAGACGGUUUGAGUCCCGAAGACUCUCGCAAGGAGAUCAUGGUGGGAUCUGAAUAUCAGGCAGAAAUUCCUGCUCUCACCUGUUAUAAUGACCAUGAAAAAGUGUACGCAGAGGAGGAUCAGCUGCUCUGGCAGCCCGAUAUCUUACCCGAGCCAAAAGUCAAAAGCUUCUUGCGGGACGCUCUGAGUGCGGAUGGAAAGACGGAAGGAGACGGCAAAUGUUCUCUGGUCAAAGACAACGAGCAGGCUUUAUAUGGGCUUUUAAAGUGUAACUACAACGUCCAGGAAGCUCUUGAACGGUAUCGCAGCAACGACAAAUCCUCAAAGAACGAGAUGCUCCCGUGGUCUGAAGAAGAAUGUCGAAAUUUUGAACACGCGCUUCUGCUGUAUGAGAAGAACUUCCACCUCAUCCAGAAACACAAAGUCAACACACGAACGGUGGCGGAAUGCGUGGCGUUUUACUACAUGUGGAAGAAGUCCGAGCGAUUCGACUUCUUCGUCCAGCAAAACCGAUUCGGGAAGAAGAAGUUCAGCAGUUAUCCUGGCGUCACGGAUCUGAUGGACCGGUUGGUGGAUGAGGCCGAGGGUUUGGUGGAUGGAUCUGCUUCUGUGUGCUCCAGCAGCAGCGGCAGGAUAGAGCCUCCAACCGAACAACAGCUCAACCUGCUCAACUCCAUCACAGCCAGUGAUCUCUCCGCGCUGACGAGCACCGUGGCGUCGGUGUGUAACCCCGCAGACGUCGGCUGUCUAGACUCCUACAACUUCUCUCCUCUGGACGGCCUUCACCGCCACGAGGAGCCGCUCAACUACUCCAGCAACGGAGACGGAGACUGCCUCAACCUGCUGGAAAGCGGCUUCUAUCACUCGGACCUGGGGCAGAUGGGCGUGUGCGGAGAGGACUGCGAGCGGCCCCCGGCCAAGCGGCUGAAGAUGGGCCUGUCGGAACCCUUCAUAAACGACAGCAGGAGCAUGGGCGUGGAUUACGAGGGCCGCGCGCACCACAUCACAAGUGCCAAAAUGGCGGUUUCGGUCAGUGACUUCGGCGAGGCGGGCAGCUACAUGGGAGCGCACACACUACAUCAGCACACGGCGCUUCAGUCGGAGUAACUCGAGCUGACUCUCACGGGACUAGCUGCAAUCCUGCGUGUACAUAGCCUGCAUACUCCUUCGCGUAUUUGCUAGCGCUGUCAAACGGCCGGUCGCGAUCGAUCGCAUCCAAAAGAAGUCGUACACGCGUGCAUGCACUGUGAAGAUUUGACCACGUGAGCCAGGUUCGUUUCAGUCAGUCUGACUUCUAUUGAACCUGAUCAAAAGGUCAGACUAACUGAAAUAAAUGCUUAUUUGGAAAAACCUGUUUUAUGAAACGGGCCCCUGCUUCGGCAGAUUUGAGUUUUCUCAGCUCGUUUUAUUCGGUUUGAGAACUCAAAAAUCUGCUCAACUUUUUUUUUUUUUCCUCCAGUGUACUGUAUAUUUAUUAUGCAUAUAUGAAUAUAC